AAUCUAAAAAAUUUUUAUUGUCUCAAUCCUCUUCUAAAUCUCUUUCUUCACUUUUGGAACUGCAAUCACACCAUUCAACCUCUUCUCAACAACUUUCUACCAAUAAUAAUGAAAAGAAAAAAGAUCGAAAAUCUCUUCGUAGUCAUACGAUUCCCAAAAUAGAAGUUAAAGAAACAAAUACCAUGCUUAAAGACUAUGAUCCUACCACUGGUAAUAAAAUGAUUAACAAAUAUAUGUUAAUUAAAGAAUUAGGCAGGGGUGUACAUGGAAAAGUCAAAUUAGGAAAAGACAUGGAGUUGGGAGAGUGGGUUGCCAUCAAAAUUGUUGAUAGAGUAACACGUCGUCGUUUGGGCUCACGGAACAAUGAUCUCACUAAUGAACAAAAAAUUAGAAAAGAAAUUGCAAUACUAAAAAAAUGUGUCCACCCACAUGUUGUUAGGUUGAAAGAAGUUAUUGAUGAUCCGAUGAUUAUCGAGUAUAUGGAAGGUGGUGAAAUACAAUGGAAAGAUGAAAACGACCGCCCUGUUAUGAGUGUCGAUGAAGCAAGACGAAUAUUUAGAGAUGUAGUGUUGGAUAUAAAACCUGCCAACUUAUUACUUACCGCCGAUAAUGUUGUAAAAAUCUCGGAUUUUGGUGUAUCACAUUUUAGUCAACGUGCUGCCGCAGUCGAUUUGCAAGGAAAUAAUAAUUCUGCACCUACUCAAGAAGAUAUGGACUUAAUUAAAACUGCCGGAAGUCCCGCGUUUUUUGCUCCCGAGCUGUGUUUUCCCGAUUUGUCACGGGAGAUAAUUUCUAAUUCGAUAGUAACUGGUAAUUCUGGUAAUUCUUCUGAAUCGCUUUUGAAAUCCCAUUCAACUACCAAUUCUAUAUCAGUACGAGGACAACGACCUCCUAUUACCAAAGCUAUCGAUGUCUGGGCCCUUGGUGUUACACUAUAUUGCUUCAUUUUCGGAAGAUGUCCUUUCAUAGCAGAUACGGAAUUUGAAUUAUUUUUUCAUGUUAUACCUAGGCAACCAUUGGAAUUUCCCGAGGAUAUACCUAUUUCAGACAGUUUAAAAGAUUUACUUACAAGGUUAUUGGAAAAAGAUCCACAGAAAAGAAUCACUCUAGGGGAAGUCAAAAACCAUCCAUGGAUAAUCGCUGAUCUUCCAAAUCCACAGAAAUGGCGAGAUGAUACCGAUCCAAAGAAGUAUCAGGCGCUUACGGUUACGGAUGAGGAAGAUCGGUUAAAAAAGAAAAUUCGUAAAAUUUCAUUGUCAUUAGUAGGAAUGUUACGGUCUGGCAAAGAUCAUGAUCUGAAUCAGUCUUUUGAACCAGUUCAAGUGGUUCCUAGUGGAUGCAAACAGAUUAGACAACCUAUAGAUAUAUUCCUUUCCCAUGAUUGGCCUGAAAAUAUAACGAAAUUUGGAGAUGAAAACAGGCUUAAACAAAUAAAGCAAGGUCUUGCACCCGAUAUUGAAAGGAUUAGGCUUGGAAAUCCGUAUACCGAAUUGCUGCUUUAUAAAUUAAAACCAAGGUACUGGUUUGCUGCGCAUCUUCACGUCAAAUUUGCUGCAAUGAUACCUCAUGAUGCUCCACAAAUGGUAACAGCUCCAAAUCCAGAUGAGAUACCUAUUUCUCUUGAUGAAACUGCUAUUAAUAUUAAUCAGAAUGAAGUAGAUGACCCGGAUGAAUUACCUUCUUUCAUCGAUGACGUCGAUAACACAAAUGUUAUUGAGAGUGACGAGACACAAAUCAUUAAUUCCGAGGAAAUAUCAAUCACGAAUGAUGCGGCAGUAGAUUUGACACAAGACUUGGAAAACCUUAAAGAAUUUGUGGCUUCUGCAAUUUCUUCAAAUACACAAACUUCAUAUACUCGUUUUUUAUCACUCGACAAAUGCUUACCUGGUCGCGAAUUUUUACAGGUCUUAGAUUUUCCUGAAGCAAAUGGACCUCUGGAAUUCAGUUAUGAUGAAGACCAAAUUGAUUCCUCUCAAGAAUGGGUUCGUAAUAAUAUUUUGCAAAGAGACUCUGGGCUUUUGAUUCCAAAAAACUUUCUUCCUACAGCACCUGCACAUAAUACCAGUAAUGAACAAGAGUAUGAUUUAAAUAUUCCAUUUUUAAAUCCACAAACCGUUACAUUUACCCAGAUGUUAGAGAUUGAAAACAAGAUAAACCCAAAUGGUCAAACUGUUUAA